AUGUCGGUUGGUACUGGCGUUACUGCACCCGUUCAGCUAUGUCGAAGAUUGUUUGGCGAACCUGUAUCACGUAUACGAAUUCAGCAAACGUUGGAGACGAUUAUACACAAAGAUUUGGAUCGUUUCCAAAAUAAAUGGAAUUUUAAGCCGUCAAGCAUCUUACCAGAGAAGAAAAUUCGUAAACCUCUUGCCAUUCAUCAAUUACACAAUGGAAAUGUGCAGAAGCAAGAAACCAACGAAUUCAUCUUGGAACCUCUUCAGUCAGCUCCAAGCUUCUAUACCAGGUCUCCAAGGAAGCUGAAGGCAUUCCGACGUCUUCCAGUAUCAAAUACACAAAGUGAAAUCGGGGAAUAUCCUUACACAGUUGUUUUGCCGAAUAACUUUACUAAUAAUGAUGUGCUCAAUGAUAAUCAAAAGCCUAUCCCUAUGUGUUUAGAUACAACGACUGCUGUGUCCCAUCCACCUCCAACAUCGUCAUCAACACCAUGUAAGAAGAAUAUUUCAUCAUCUUUGCCUUUGUCAUCAACAAGCGUUGUCAAGUCAUCAGUAAUACCUGUUACACCAAUCAUAAUUCGCUCGGACAACAACAAUCAUGGUUUAUUGGCUUCUAGCUCAAAUCCUCCUCAACAUUCAGUCAAAUUGAUUAAAUCUGAUCGAUUAAGUUUAAAGAAGUCCGGACCUAAAGUGACAGAUUACUUUGCGGUUAAAAGACGACGGCAAUCAAUGAAAUGAUAAUUCCUUAAAUUGAAGGUAAGUUUCUUUAAGUCUACCUUUUCUUGUCAUGCAGAUAUUAUUUAUUCUUAUGAUGACAUGUAUUGAGUAAUAAAUGCACGUAGAAUCUGAUAUAAAAGUAUAAGUAUAAAUACUAAAAAAAAAUAAAAAAAGUAUAUUAAGUAUAAAUUAGCUACUACGAUAUAUGACCCGAGUUCUAUCGGUCAGUUUUGUCUCUGAACUAAAUUAUAUUACUGUCCAGAGCAUUUUAACUUCAGUUGUAAACGUAAAAGUAGUGAAAAUCUCAUUCAAAUGUUUAUUAUCGAUCGAAAAUACAAGUUAAGCAAAUACUUCAAAUGAAGUCUUACUAACUGUUCAUUUGCUUAAUCUUAUUGGUUUAUUAUCGAUCGAAAAUACAAGUUAAGCACAUACUUCAAAUGAAGUCUUACUAACUGUUCAUUUGCUUAAUCUUAUUGGUUUAUUAUCGAUUGAAAAUACAAGUUAAGCAAUACUUCAAAUGAAGUCUUACUAACUGUUCAUUUGCUUAAUCUUAUUGGUUUAUUAUCGAUCGAAAAUACAAGUUAAGCAAAUACUUCACUGUUAUAAUGUUAUUAGGAAGUAGUGGUGGCUAACAAUGGAAUUCAAAAUGCUCAUUUCAUUCCAAUCUGUAACGGUCUCGUAGCUAAACCAUUACAUAUUAAGCUACUGGGAUAUAAGAUCAAUCCUUGAAACUAACAAGACAUCUAUUGCAGCAUCCCAUAUACAAGUUCCCAUAAGAAAUAAAUUUGUUAUUGCAUUUUUUCCCUUCAUAUUUUCCGUUAUUUUCACCAAGCACGUCCUAAGUAAUCCGCUGGGGAUAAGAAAAAGACUAUGCAUGACUCAUUUACUUGAAUAAUAAAUAAAGACAGAUGUAUAGAAUAAUUAGAUUUCCUUUGUGCUGUAUGUGAUUAAUUCAAUCCCCUGCUAAGUCUGGAAAAUAUUCCUUUAUUCACAAUAGUUUUUUGAUUGGCAGAGCAAAAGAAAGGAUCGUGCCCAUUUCUCCCCUCUCCCUUCAUACCUCUAUCCUUGUUAUAAUUAAUUAAAAGGAGGAAAAUUCGUCCCUUAUAUUUCUGUACCAUAUGGUGGGAUUCCUUUUUAUCUUUACUCCCCCUCCCCAUGUUUAUUCCAUCUGGUCUUUAUGCAUUUUUCUUAAUUAAAAGGUCUGUUUGUUCUCAAUCAGUUUACGCACGUGUAUUAUAUCAAAUAUAGACACAUAUUGAAUUUGAGACAGACAAAGAUAACUCCCUAAUAUAAUACACACACACACGCCUUUGUAUUCUAACAAUGUUUUCCCUCAUGACUCACGUGCUUAAACUGACAUGUGGGAUAAUAGCUGAAUAGAUGUUGUCUUCAUAAUAAUAAUAGUGAUAAAGAAAUUGCUUAUCCUUAUGUAAUUAUAAGCAUACUUGAAAUAAGAAUUACCCAAGCAACUCACAGCAAGCUUUAAAUUGUCUUCCUGUGUAUGAAUUAGUUCACUUCUCCACCAUAUGUUUGUAAUUACACAUUAGCUCUAAGUAAUCUCCAUUGUCCACUUAAUAAGCUGAUACUGUUUGCACAGAAAUCGGUCUUCUAGCGAGUUUCAGCAAUACACCCAUAUAGUUUUAUUACCCACAAAACUCGAACAUGAUUUUCACCGUUAAACUUCCUCAAUUGUUGGUUUGUUUCCUAUUUGGUCACAAAACAAUAUCAGGUAUCUCCUAGCUUCGAAAUCAUCACCAGUGGGCAGCCAUAACCUCACCACGGUCGACCACACGAGACUUAAGAGUUACAAGCUCAGUGUUACCAGCAGUAUAUUGUAUAUUGACAAAAGUUAUAGUUCAGGAGCCAUGGUAACUUGACUGCCGCCUAACAUGACGUUUCUCUGCUGAAGAGUUUCAAAUGGUCACUUAACCUAAUUUAGUUGGUGAAGAAAUCAACCUUGUUACGCUAAUAAAAUUCUCCAACUGAAAAGUAGAAUUCUAAUCACAUCGAUACUUGGAGAACGGGAAUGAAAAUACACUAAUCAUGACAGAAUAUUGCUACACAGAAAUGCAGUCACUUUAAGCUUACAGUAUGAUUGAGUAGUGUGGAUUGACUUAUGUUAAUCAAAUCACUAUUCAUUUUAAUAUUUAGUUUGUCUUAUUUGGUGUCACUAUACCACUUGUUCAAGUCAUCACUGUUCUAGUCAAUUUUGUUACUAAGACAAUCUAACAAUCUAAUUCGUGUGUUGCCAACAUUAAAUUCAGUCAUAAUUAUAGGUUGGUUUUCAAUCUAAACUUGGAAACUAAACGCUAUUCCAGAGGCAUAUAUAUAUUGUCCAGUCUGAAAAUAUUUUUGUUUAAACAUGUUUACUUACCUAUUUAUUAGUUAACCAAAUAAUAAAAUACAAUAAACAAAGCAUGUUUUCUACUUGUUUACUUGUUUAUAUCUGCAUUCGUGAUAGUUGACUGCUUUAUGAAAUGAAAUUCAACCUAGUAACCUAGAUGAAUCACCUCAGUGACUAAGAUUAUUAAUAUAAACAUAUGCAUGGUGUAUACACAGGGAGGUGACAGGUCAAAGUGAAUUUUUUCCGGUCAAGGUCAUCGGUAUUUUACUCUAUGUGAAGCUUAUGUAUUUACUGUAUUUUUGUACAGACCUUCACUUGGGCAAGGGCAUACAGUGGAUGAGUCACAAAUAAGAAAAAAGAGCGUCUCCACUGUUAGCCAACAUCAGUCAAAUGCAUAGCUCUUUGUCACGGUUACUCUCAACUGUCCCGAAAUAGUUUAUAUGCAUAGGUAAUUAUUCCAACUGUAUCUGACUAGUGCAGACAUGUACUUAGUGCAUCGUUUUAGGCGAUGAACUGACGAUUGGAAAUGUGAUAUGUGAUACUAUUCCAUCGGUGGAACUAUAGUCCAUCGGAUAAACUACUCCAUUUCUAACCCGUUGGUCCAGGGCUCGAAUGUCGCCUCAACAACAGCAUGCGUAAGCGGAUAGUAUCAUUAGCACUCAAACAAGAAGUGUUUGCAUAUUUCAAGAAGUGUUGUUCAUUUUUUCAAAAAAAGCGAUAUGGUAUAUACUAGAUCUAUGUUAAUUUAUACCAAUUAAUUCAUUUUACUUUUCUUAUUUUUCAUUAUUUUAGAAGAUCAAUAAUGCUAAGGAAU